UGUACCAACUUUGACCAAGGUGAAAUCUACACCCUUUUACUUCAAUAGAAGGCCAAACAUGUCUUGCAGCAUUGUGAAUAGCCUUUUCAAAAUCGGCAUACAACCGAAUAGGAUUAAAUUUUCCACCAUUGGGUAUGGUUUCAACGCAAGUAACAUGUCCAUCCUGUCACGCAGUUGUGAUGACAACCAUCACAAAAGAAUCGUCUCAAUCAUCAUAUUGGUGUUGUUUAUUAUUAUGCGUGCUUGCGUUACCAUGUUUUGCUCUCGUACCAUUUUGCUUGAAUAAAUUCAAGGACUUCAGGCACUCGUGUCCUCUAUGUUCAGCACAUAUUGGCGUUUAUAAACAAUGA